CAAACUUAUAAAAUUUAAAAUCUAAAACCCAAUCAUGAGUCUCAUCAACGGAAGGUAUAAGAAGGUAGGCCGCAUUGGAGAAGGGUCCUAUGGAGAUGUCUACAAGUGCAUAGACUACUUGCCUGAUCAACCUCCAAGGACGCUCCCUUCAGAAACAUGCAAGCUUGUAAAGGAUGUCCAGUACGGAUUGAUUUCUACUGAUACGGAUGAUUUUGAGGAAAAUUUCCAAAAUCAAUUUAAGGAAAAUGAUAAAUACCUUAAAGAAGAAGUAAAAAUUGAUUCAGUAGAGGAGGGAAAAGAGUCAUAUGUUGCUAUCAAGAAGUCAAAGUGGAGAAGAAUGGACUAUCUUAAGCAUAGCUUUAACUUUUCGACCUUCAAAGAGAUCUCUUUCCUUCAAGAACUUGAGCACCCAAAUAUUGUUAAGAUUCGAGACAUCUUUUUCAAGGAUAUUAGUAUCUACGUUGUUCUGGAAUAUAUGGUAGGCGACUUGCAUCAGCUGGUACAUAAAGAUAAGGCUGCUCUCAGCCCUAGCCAUGUCAAGUAUAUUAUGAAGGAAAUUCUGACAGGUCUUCAAUUUAUGCAUGAUAAGAACAUCAUGCACAGAGAUCUGAAGCCAGGAAAUCUCUUAAUCUCAGACAAAGGGGAGAUCAGAUAUGCUGAUUUCGGUAUUGCCAGAUAUUACGAAAGAGAGAUACUGCAGGACAAGGAAACUGAUUCUGCUCAACUCACUAGGAAUGUAUGCACAAGGUAUUACAAGCCUCCUGAAAUUCUCUAUGGAGCAAAUGAAUACGACUUUAGUGUUGAUAUCUGGGGUGUAGGAUGUAUCAUGGCAGAAAUCACUCUCGGAAGACACCUGUUUCAAGGCGAAAACGAGCUUGACCAAUUAAAUAAAAUCUUCUCGACCUUAGGAAAUGCUGUUGAAGAUAACUGGCCAGGAGUCAGCGAACUUCCUAAUUAUAUCGAAUACGAUUGUGAAAUACAAGAAGAUCUUGAUACUCUUUUCUCCAGUCAAACUGAAGAUUUUAUAGAUCUUAUCAAAAACAUGAUAAUCCUUGACCCUAGCAAGAGAUUCACCGUAAAAGAGGCAUUGGAGCACAAAUACUUUACUUCAGAGCCACCUGCAUGACUUCCUUCUGAACUUCCUCUCCCUGUGCCUUUGACUGAAGCUAUUGAUGACUUUACAGAUUCCGACUAAUCUCUUAGCACGAAAUAGCUCAAUUUCUUA